AAGUAAAUGGCAGGUUAGAUUAUCGAAGUGCAGAGAGAAAAAGGAAAAAGAAAAGAAAAAAGCAAGAAAGCUAGAGAAAAAGGUCAGUAGAAACUUAACCAACUCACUUCCAAACUCACUUCUUCUUCAAAAUUUCAAAAUUCUUAAAAAUGAAUUUGAAUCCCCAAAAAACCGAACAAAACGAUCUCUACCACAAUCACCACCACCACCACCACCAUGAUCUGGUCCCACCACUACCGUCUGAUCAUAUAAUCCACACCCUCUCCUAUCCCUCCAUCCAAAACGACGACGUUUCAUCUUCCCUCCCAGAAAUUGUUCUUUUCCGCUCCUCCUCACCCGACUCACCGAGUCAAUCCUCCUCCGACAACGACGACGACUCACUAAUUAACCCCAAAUCGAAUCUCCCGACCCGACCUGCUUACAUCAACCCGGAGCCCCAUAUUUCCUCUCAAUUCUACACGUUCAACGCUGAGUCUCACUCGCUCAUGAUUCGAUGCAUUCUCGAGCACCGCCUCGCGACUCCGGAAGAGAUCCGCACCGCUACUCCUCGCUCCGUGCUGAAAUCGUGGCGGUCCGUUUGGAAAGACCGGAACGAAGAUACUGCUUACGUCACCGGUUGGAAAAGAAUCCAAGAAAAAUUAACCGGACACGUGGACCCGAAUUCUGGUAAUGAAUUUCUCUGUUUCAAGAAUAAUUCGCAGCAAUUUGUUUCGCAUGUUGAUCAGUGGCAACAUAUUGUUAUGAGUUUUCACGGUGAUGCUGAUUUAAAACAUUUAGGGUUACGAGAAACUAUUGAGAGAAUUAAACAAGUGUGGACUGUAGGUGCUAAAUUUUAUGGAAUUCCUGAGAGUUUUAUUAGGGUUUGUGUUGCUGCUUGUCCUGUUUGUUCGGCUCCCGAUGGGACUUCUGCUUCGCGGAAUAAACGGCGGCGGUUUGAAUAUACAGAGUCGUUUGAUGUUCCUGCUAAAGAAGUUCCGAGUAGAUUACAUCAGUUAGCUGCUAAGCAUAAAGUUGUGCUUUGCAUUAGACAAAAGUAUAUUAGGUAUAAGCCUUUUAUGGCCGAGGUUAAAGAUUAUGCUUGUCAUAGAGCGGGUGAACCUGUGGCGAAAAAAUCGAGGAUGUUGAAGCGGGAGCCUUAUGCUUCUAAGAGGUGUGGGUGUGGGUUUAGGAUUAGGGCUAUUGUGCCGAUUACUAAUUAUAAUGAGAAAGAUAAGACGUUUGUUUAUCAGGAGGAAGGGAUGGCGGUUUUUAAACUAUAUGCUGUUCAUUCGGGUCAUGAGCCUGGUCCGUUGGAUGGGAAUGCGAGGAUUAUGCAUCGGGUUGUUGGGCAUAAAGGUAGUUUGAUUAUGGAUCAAGAAUUGGACUAUGGAGUUCGUGAGGAUUUGGAUAGUGAAGGUUUUGGUUUGAUUGGGAAGGAUGAUGGUGAUUUGCAACUCUCGGUUUUGCAGCAGGUGCAGGAGUUGAGACAUGAAAUUGGGUUGCUAGAAGGGAGGUUAAGGAAAAUCCCAAGUGAACUACUGGGUUCUGCUUCACAGGAAUUGUUUGAUAUUGUUCAUAAGGUCAGGAGUGUAGGAGAAGACAGUUUGAAUACAGUUGGGAUUCUCUCACACAAGCCUCAUUCGGAUGAUGUGCUAGUUGGAGAUAAUGAUUUGACGCACUGGAGUGAUCAUCAUGAACAUAUCUAUGGAAAUGGGAAGGAAACAGAUUUGAUUGAUGACGAUGAAGAUAGUUUUGGACGGACACUUGGGGAUGUUGUCCCGUGGGACCGGAUGAGAUCAGAGUGUAGAAGUGACAAAGACUUGAUGAGUGAACCUUGUAAGCCUGAAAAGUGGUUGAAAUGCAGUGACUUUGAUGAGAAGAGCAUUCUUGACUGUGAGGAUACAAAAUUAUCCAAGCCCUUGAGACAUGACGAGGCUAUAGUGACAGAUGUAGGUCUUAUACAGGUUGAUAGUUUCUAUCAAGAGAAUCCAAAAUGGUAUGAUUCUCCUUGUGGAUUAGACCCCAGUGCAGAUUGUGGAGACAGUGAAUUUAGACAUGGGGAGAUUGUAUAGCCCUUGGAGAGCUAGUUGAGACUGGUUGACCCUCUCUUAUAUAGUCAUUGAGUUUAUAUUGCGCCCACUCAUCUCUCUAAGGGAACUGGGCUGUACAUUUACUUAUACUGAAGAAUGGAGCGUCUCACAGGCUUUUAGGUAUCUUCGGUGUGUGUAGUGUAAAGUGUAUGCCCAAUUGGGUUUUCUAUACUUUACAUUUACUUAUACUGAAGAACGGAGCGUCUCACAGGCUUUUAGGUAUCUUCAUUGUGUGUUGUGUAAAGUAUGCCCAAUUGGGUUUUCUGUACAUACCUUACCUAAAACUAUUUGUUAACCAUUCUGGAAUUCAUA